AUGAUGGAAUCCGUCGACGACAAGAAGACUGAAGCUAUACCGAUUUCUGAGUCUGCCUCUGAAUCCUUAUCGCCGCCUUCGUCAUCAACCUCUCUUUCGCCAUGGACUGGCUAUCUUCAAAUCUUGGCUGGUCACUUGAUGAUCUUUGAUACCUUUGGCUACAUCGGCUCAUGGGGUCUAUUCCAAUCCUACUACAUUUCUGCCCUGGGCCGUUCACAAUCAGACGUUUCGUGGAUUGGCAGCCUCCAAAUCUUUCUCAUCUACUUUGUCGGCACGUUUUCAGGGCGAGUCCUUGAUGCCGGCUACCUGCGCACAACUCUGGCUGUUGGCUGCAGCCUCCAAAUCAUUGGCAUCUUCACCACUGCGUCUGCUACUGCCUACUGGCAGAUCCUCCUCUCGCAGGGCAUCUGCGUCGGCCUUGGCGAUGGCCUCAUUUUCUGCCCCAUGAUCUCCCUGAUCAGCACCUACUAUGAAAAAGAUCGGGCUCUAGCCGUGUCUUUUGCCGCGGCCGGCGCUGCUACCGGAGGAAUGGUGUUUCCCUCCAUUGCUCGGCAGCUCAUCCCAACACUUGGCGAGCCUUGGGCGGUGCGAGUCAUGGGCUUUGUGUUUACCUUCAACUCUGUCAUUGCUCUGAUCGUCGUGCGACCCAAGGUAGCACCACGCAAGUCAGGUGCUUUCAUUGAGUGGGAGGCGUUUAAAGAGUUGCCUUAUCUCUUGUACGCCAUUGGCAUAUUCUUGAGCCUCUGGGGCCUCUACUUUGCCUACUUCUAUAUUUCCAUCUUUGGCUCCAAGAUUCUUCAUGUCCCAGCCGCACCGUCAUUUUAUCUCAUCAUCGCCAUCAAUGGCAUCGGCUUGCCCGGUCGCAUCUUCCCAGCAUAUCUUGCCACGCGCGUGGUAGGCAACGCAUUAUACGUCCUCACUCCCAUCACGUUUAGUGCCGGCGUGUUGCUCUACUUGUGGAAGUAUGUCACUUCUUACAAUGGGUUUCUUGCCUGGAUCAUCGUCUACGGCUUCUUUGCGAAUGCUGUGCAGAGUCUCUUUGUCGGCAGCGUGGGUAGCCUGACCAAAGACCCUCAGAAGAUGGGCGUCCGGGUAGGCAUGAUCUUUACAAUCAUCAGCUUUGCCUGUCUUACUGGUCCGCCUAUUGCUGGUGCCCUGAUUGACCUUGAUAAUGGAAAUUUUCUCUAUGCCCAAAUAUUUGGGAUUACUUCGGUAGUCUGCGGCUCUGCUGUGCUUCUCGCUGCUGCUAUUGCAAGUAAGAGGUAG